AUGUGGGUUCUGCUCCAGUUCCUACUUUUAGUCGCAUGUGCACGCGCAGGUGGAGAUGAGUUCCAAGCCCUCGGCCUUAUUUAUGAAGUUAACUUCACAGCUCUCGGAAAUAUUCACACGGAGCUAAGAAAAAUGGGAGAACAAGUAAUUGAAUCACUUAAUAUAAGCGUUGAAGAAAAAGAUCGUCUGAAAAAAGAACAUAAGAUACUGAAUCAACCACUGAGCGGAUUAUUACAAGAUAUAGUAAAGAAUAAAAGUGACAUAUUUCGAUACGUAUUUCAAGGAGAUAUCAUCCUCAAUAAGGAGCAAGGUGGCGUAUUGCAAAAGGACAUACAAGGCUUGCAAGAAGUUCCUUAUCUCCCCCCUAUGUGGUCACAAGGAAUAAAGUACUCCUUCCACAAAAGGGCUAAUAAAAAACUGAGGGAUGCCUUCAAGCGGGCAGCGGAGGCUUGGCAAAGGGACACAUGUGUGAACAUCACUGAAGACGAUAAUGAGAGUGGAGAUCGAGUCGUUGUUGCGGGUGCUCCAUUUUGCGCUUCAUAUCUAGGAAAACGCGGAGGAAAACAAGUGAUAUUUCUGAGCGGUUUUUGCGAGACCUUCCGAAGCGCUGCCCACGAACUCGGUCAUACCUUGGGGCUUUUUCAGCAGGAGAGCAGAGAAGAUCGUGACGAUUAUGUGAAAAUAGUGACCGAAAAUCUUGAGCCGAAUCAAGUCUACAUGGCUUUUAAACAAUCACAAUAUACGAACAACGUUUCUGGUAUAGGUUACGACUUCGGAAGCAUCAUGCAAGCAGGCGCAAGAAGCGGCUCUAUUAAUAGGAAUCGUACUAUAGAUUCCAUUGAUCCCAAGUACAGGAAAAAUCUUCGUUCGGAAUCGAUAUCAUUUGCAGAUUUGUAUUUGGUCAACAAGCGCUACAACUGCUCAGAAUCAUGCCCGAACUUUCUCAAAUGCAAAAAUGGAGGGUUCCAACAUCCCCGUAACUGUAGCAUAUGCCUUUGCCCUAGCGGAUACGCGGGACCUUUAUGUGGUCAUAAGCCACCAGCAUGCGGUAGCGUAUUGAAUGCGACUGUAGAAGAGACAACGUUUACUGUAAAGUUCAAGAUUAAAAAAGGUCGUACGGAUUUGGACGGAUACAAACGAUGCACUUAUUGGAUCAAGUCACCGAAUGAUACCCGAAUUGAGAUGGAAAUAGAACCUCAAAACAGCCCAUUCAAUGACACUGAUCUUUACUGCAAUGAAGCAGGGGUGGAAGUUAAAGCAAUCAAGGAUCAAAGGCUCACUGGCUACAAGUUCUGUUCGAAUGGUGAUAGAUACAACAUUACAUCGCAUUCCAAUCUCGUUCCUAUAAUCGCUUUCAACAGAGAUCCUCUGCCGGAGAAAGUUUCCUUUACAGGAUCAAAAUUCCUCAUCAGAUAUCGGUACCGAGUGUUGAGAGAGGAUGAGAAGGAAUCGCACGUAAAUGCGGAUAUCGUGCACUAA